CCAAUCAGAAUCACCCUUCUCCAGGCCAGCUUCUGAGGGAAGGGCGGGGCGCCACGCCCCUGGAGGGCGUGGUCGGACUGAGGGGCGGGGCUUGAUUGACCACGCCCCCGCCCCGCCAGGCCCCGCCCCGCUGCGGGGAAGAUGGCGGUGGCGCGGAACGGUGGGAGCGCGGCGCUGCGGCAGCUGCGGGGCGGCAUCCCCGGCGGAGCGCGGGGGUACUCGCGGGACGCUGAGGGCAGCUGGUUCCGCUCCCUCUUUGUACACAAGGUCGAUGCCCGCAAGGAUGCCCAUUCCAACCUCCUCUCCAAGAAGGAGACCAGCAACCUCUACAAGAUCCAGUUUCACAAUGUGAAGCCGGAGUGCCUGGAUGCCUACAACAGCCUGACAGAGCAGGUGCUGCCCAAGCUGCACUCAGAUGCCGACUACCCCUGCGACCUGGUGGGCAACUGGAACACGUGGUAUGGCGAGCAGGACCAGGCAGUGCACCUCUGGCGCUUCUCGGGCGGGUACCCGGCCCUCAUGGACUGCAUGAACAAGCUCAAACAGAACAAGGAGUACCUGGAGUUCCGCAAGGAGAGGAGCCGGAUGCUGCUGUCCCGCAGGAACCAGCUGCUCCUGGAGUUCAGCUUCUGGAAUGAGCCCCUGCCCCGCCAGGGACCCAACAUCUAUGAGCUCAGGACGUACAAGCUGAAGCCAGGGACCAUGAUUGAAUGGGGCAACAACUGGGCUCGCGCCAUUAAGUACCGGCAGGAGAACCAGGAGGCGGUCGGCGGGUUCUUCUCGCAGAUCGGGGAGCUGUACGUUGUGCAUCACCUCUGGGCCUACAGGGACCUGCAGUCCCGGGCGGAGACGAGGAACGCUGCCUGGAGUAAGAGGGGCUGGGACGAGAACGUGUACUACACGAUGCCGCUGAUCCGGACCAUGGAGUCACGGAUUAUGAUUCCCCUGAAGAUCUCCCCCCUGCAGUGAGCGGGGGCUGCACUGGGACGUCUGCCUGUGCAUGGGGGGUUCCCCCCGCCUGCACCCCUGCUGGGGAAGGGUUGGGGUCUCUGCUCCCAUGCAGCUCCCAGCCCUCCUUUCCCCCAAACCCUGCUAUUUUGGGCUGCCCUGUGGGGGCUGUGAGCGGGGAGGGGAAGGGCGGGAGCCCCCCUUCUGCAGUGGGUCCCCAAAUGUGGCAGAGAAUGGUGCUGCCUGGGGGGGUUGGGCAGGCUGCAGAGGUGGGGGAACUGUCUUAAUUAUUCCUGAUGGGCCCAAUGGGUGCCUUUCCUGCCAAUUAAAUAUUUAAUAUGCCAAA